GUCAAUUUGGAGAAGAAAGAAGAGAGACGAUAAACGAUAGACUCGGAGAGAAAAAGACGAAGCCACUCACAUCUCUCUCUCUCUCUCUCUCUCUCUCUCUCUCUCUCUCUCUCUCUCUCAUCGCGUUUGGUGGAAUAACAGCACAUGGGGACACGUGUAACCCCACACCUGACCCUCCACGCGCCGUAACGCAUGGCGGAACCAUUAGCUCAAUUUAUCUCCGACGUGUUUUCCAAGUCGAACCAUUUGAAUCAUCUGAAGCAAGUUCAAUCCUUUCUCCUCGUUUCCGGACUAAGUCACUCCCACUUCCUCUGUUUCAAGCUCCUCCGUUUCUCCACUCUCCGUCUCUCCAACAUCUCCUACGCUCGCUCAAUCUUCGACCGCUUCUCUCACCCUAACACCCAUCUCUACGCCGCCGUUUUGACCGCUUACUCUUCCUCUCUCCCUCUCCACGCUUCCUCCGCCUUCUCCUUCUUCCGUCUCAUGCUUAACCGCUCUCUUCCUCCUCGUCCUAAUCACUUCAUCUACCCGCUCGUCCUCAAAUCAACGCCGCAUCUCUCCUCUCCUUUCUCCACUCCUUUAGUGCAUUCCCACUUGUUUAAGUCCGGGUUCCAUCGCUACCUCGUCGUGCAAACUGCUCUCCUUCACGCGUACGCUUCCUCCGUUUCUCACAUCCCUCUCGCGAGGCAACUGUUCGACGAAAUGCCUGAGAGAAACGUUGUUUCUUGGACUGCUUUGCUUUCUGGGUACGCGAGGUCCGGUGAUGUCUCCAACGCUAUUGCUCUUUUCCACGAGAUGCCUGAGCGUGAUGUUCCUUCUUGGAACGCCGUUCUUGCUGCUUGUACACAGAACGGUCUCUUUGUGGAAUCGAUUUCUCUGUUUGGAAAGAUGAUCGAUGAGACUGAUGUUCUUCCUAACGAGGUAACUCUGGUUUGUGUCCUUUCCGCUUGCGCUCAAACUGGUAACCUUCAGGUUGCCAAGGGGAUUCACGCAUUUGCGUACCGUCGCUCUCUUUCUUCUGAUGUGUUCGUUUCGAAUUCGUUGGUGGAUUUGUAUGGAAAAUGUGGCAACUUGGUGGAAGCAAGCUCUGUUUUCAAGACGGCGGACAAGAAGAGUUUAACAGCUUGGAACUCCAUGAUUAACUGUUUUGCCCUCCAUGGUAGAAGCGAAGAAGCCAUAGCUGUGUUCGAAGAGAUGAUGAGUAAAGAUGUGAAGCCAGACCACAUCACUUUUAUAGGUCUUCUCAAUGCAUGUACACAUGGAGGUUUGGUAACGAAAGGUCGAGAUUAUUUAGACAUCAUGACAAACAGAUUCAAUAUUGAGCCAAGGAUUGAGCACUACGGCUGCCUAAUAGAUCUUCUAGGCAGGGCAGGUUUGUUUGAUGAAGCAUUGGAAGUUAUGGCCGGGAUGAAGGUGAAAGCAGACGAAGCUAUUUGGGGAUCAUUGCUCAAUGCUUGUAGGAAGUAUGGCCAUUUGGAUUUGGCUGUAGUUGCUGUUAACAAUUUGGUUGAUUUAAAUCCUAACAACGGAGGUUACAUCUCUAUGCUGGCCAAUUUAUAUGGAGAGAUGGGUAACUGGGAAGAGGCACGCAGAGCUAGAAAGAUGAUUAAACACCAGAAUGCUUACAAAACACCAGGCUGUAGUUGGAUUAUGAUAGAUAGUGAGGUCAAUCAGUUCUAUUCUCUUGACAAGUCGCAUCCCAAGAGCGAGGAGAUAUAUAUGAUACUUGACAGUUUGAUGUCUUUAUAAACACUUCGGGAGGAUGGCCUAGAUUUUCCAUAUCACCUGACAGAGCUGUGUACCUCUUUCUAAUGGCUAAUGUCAUGGACUAUGGAUGAUUCACACUGGAAAUUGACUUAAGAGAAGCUGUGAAAGUUAUAUAGUUUUUCUAUUUUUCAAAUUGGUUGAUCUCUCUACAGGUUACACAUUUUUUCCUAAUACCCAACAGCUGCUACUGUAAUGUUAUUUAUAUACUCUUCUGUUGUGGACUUUGAAGUAAAGAAGCAGAAGCUUUCUUUUUGAGCAAUAGAGAAGCAGAAGCUAUAACGUGAUUUUCCAGCCAAAAAAAAAAUAUGUUGCUUCUUGAGCCAGUUACUUUCUGGCUUAUCAUGUUACUUGAGCAAAAACCCAUUAUUUUACUCUCUUUUUGCCUGUUU